AUGAUAUCACGGUUGUAAUGAAAUCGAUGGGAGCGGGCAGGCGAGUGAUGCUAUAUGCCCGCUCUUCCGCUUAGGGAUACUAUGUAGCAUGGAACCAUAUGCAAUAGGACAUAUACCACUGCCCGCCCGCGCGCGCGCGCCACGUCGAGCACAUCCUCUCCAGCACAUCCGCUCGUACAUAAAUCGCACGUUUUGUCGCACGCACUCCAAAAGCGGCUAACGACGCACUCCCCCAGCCCAACAUAAAACCAACGCAUCCCUCCCUCCAAGCUUCCGUGUCUCCCCCCAACAAACCCCAACCACCAUGGUCGAUAUCGACGCCCACAACGCCCUCCCAUUGUCCUCCCUCCAUGAAUUCCUCCCCGCCGUGCCCCCGGACCUGUCGAUAACCCUUCAUACCGCCACCACCCUCCCGCCGGAUAGGCUGACAGCAUGCUUCAACCUGAUCCGCACCAACAUGCGCGUGAUGUACGAGCACAGCGACAUGGGGUGGAACAGUAAGAGCAAGCGGAAGGAGAUGGAGGAAGACGAUAUGCGGUAUCUCAUACUCUCCGGACAAGGAGGAGGAGGAGGAGGAGGAGGAGGAGGAGGAGGAGGAGGAGGAGGAGGAGGAGGAGGAGGAGGAGGGGAGGGGGAGGAGGAAUGGGAGGACGACGAAGGGGGGGACGUAGACGGCUUCCUAAGCUUCAAGGUCACCGAGGAGCAGAAGGAGGAGGUUAUCUACUGCUAUGAGGUGCAGCUGGCCGAGAACGUGAGGAAUAAGGGACACGGUGAGACGCUGAUGCGGCUUAUGGAGGGGUUUGGGAAGAACCUGGGGCUGCCGAAGGCCAUGCUCACCGUUUUCUCGGCGAAUACGGGGGCACUGAAGUUUUAUCGGCGGAUUGGGUACGAAAUCGACAUCAUAUCCCCACAGCCAAAGCUCCUCCGCAGCGGCGCUAUGCGGGAGCCAUCUUAUUUCAUCUUCUCCAAGGAGCUAUGA